AUGGCUGCUAUAACGAGCGAUCAACGGCCGAGUAUUCUUUCCCGUGUGGAGCGUUUAGAUCUGAUGCUCGGUUACUUGGAGGAGCUGCGGAGCAGCCGUGGCGGCGCGGAGAGGAGCCCCGGCACGUCCACCACCAGCGGCGGCGGGGCGGUAACCACCAGCGACGGCGGCAACUCCUCCGUCGACUCGUCCCCGAAGAGCCUCGACCACAGGCGGUGCAGGCCGAUCGGAGACGUCGUGGUCGAGACGCAGGUCAAAGGCAACCUCAUCGACCGCGUCGAACACCUCGAGAUCCGGCUGCUCAAGUUGGAGGAAGAGAUAGAGCUGGAGAAGAAGAAGAGUGAGGAGGAGAAGAGGACUAGAAGGAACGGCGAGAGGAGAACGCGUGGGAGAGGGUUGAGGCGGCUGAUAACGUCCUGCGUGAAAGGAGAUCUUGAGACAAAGGAAUAG